AUGACCGGUCCAGGGCGAUCACCCUCCUCGCCGUGGGUGCAGAGUGUACAAGGCAGAGCCAACCAACCUUUUCAUCCCGGCUUGUCACCUUCCCAAACGAGUAUGCAAUCAAGUGCAGAACGACCCAGCCCCAACUACUUUGGUAUCACCGUGGAAAACUCCAGUAAUCCCCCCACGUCCAAUCCAGGACCCCACACGCAAAAGAACUGGGGAGCAUUUCAAUGCUCUUUACCAAGCCCCAAAAUGCAGCUCUACUCCCAGGAGUCGGUAUCUGAGGGCCUGUCGAACCUCCUGAGGUCCGAGUCAGACGUUGAUAAAGGGCGCCGCGAGUCGGCUCUACAGAGUUUCUCUACAAACGGAGAUGCGCAGGGUAAUCGAAUAUGGUCGAGGACCUCUCAUUCCUCACCAACGAGUGGGCCGUUCAACAAUCGGGUACUGGGAUCCCCGAGUGGGUAUGCCAUCAAACCCGCACAAAUUCCAAGGGCAUCUUCACGAGAUAACGGGACAUCCAUAUCAUCUCACUGGAUCACCGCGGAGCUUGUCACUGAGCUGAUCAAAUCCAAGACACAGAAAGUUUUGCUUCUAGACGUUCGCCCAUACGCCCAUUUUUCGCAGUCCAAUAUCACUGGCUCUCUGAAUCUAUGCAUCCCCACCACUCUUCUCAAACGUCGCUCGUUCGACACGCAAAAACUCGAGAACACUUUCACCAGUGAUGAUGACAAACGCAACUUUGCUCGAUGGCGAGAGUGUACCAUGAUUGUUGUCUACGACUCUGCUACAUCAGAUGCCAAGGAUGCCGUCCCCUUGAUGCAUGUGAUCACCAAGUUUCAGGCAGAACACUGGAAGGGAGAAGGCUUGAUCUUGCAGGGAGGAUUCAAGGCCUUCUCAAACCAAUUUCCGCAAUUUGUCCACCGACCACAAGCACAGACGACAGGACCGUCACCGAAGAAGAAGCGUUCACCGAUGAGCAUCGAUCUCCAGUCCAUUGCUCCAGUUGUCGGAGGUUGUGCACUUCCCGAUUCCUCAUCCGCCGUCAAUCCCUUCUUUGGCAACAUUCGACAGAAUAUGGACCUUAUGGGAGGAGUCGGACAAAUACCUUUGAAGCUACCAGAUGGGAUGACAGAAACGCAACGACGAGAACUCCCCCCGUGGCUACAAGAUGCAUCGGAAGUCAAGGAUCAAGGUCACCUUGUCUCUGAGAAGUUCUUGGAUCUUGAAAAGAAGGAACUGGCACGGAUGAAGCAGGCGUUGACGUACGAUGCAAACUCGGCAUCGACUGGUGGGGUUUCCAAGAAAUAUCGCGUUGCAGGGAUUGAGAAAGGCACGAAGAACCGCUAUAACGACAUUUAUCCAUUUGAUCAUUCUCGCGUCCGUCUUGAAGGUAUUCCGUCGGGGGGCUGUGACUAUGUGAAUGCAAAUCAUAUUCAGGCCGAGUUCAGUAAUCGACGAUACAUCGCCACGCAGGCUCCAGUGCCUGAUACUUUCAAUGAUUUUUGGCGCGUGGUAUGGGAACAGGACGUCCGGCUGCUCGUUUCUUUGACUGCCGAGAUCGAGCGAGGCCAGGUCAAGUGCCAUCCCUACUGGAAGUCGGGAGACUAUGGUCCAUUCAAGGUCAAGGCCUACUCAGAGAGAUUCGUCAAUGUGAAUACCAAGGAUCGAUUCAUUGACCCCACGGCGGAAUCACCUGUCGGGCCUGGCCAGCAAGCACAGAACCCGGAUGGGUCGAAUGAGAACCCGGUCAUCAUCGUACGGCAUUUCAGUCUCUAUCAUACCGCAUUUCCAUUCCAACCUCUACGGGAUAUCACUCAGCUUCAAUAUCCCUAUUGGCCAGACUUUGGGACGACAUCUCAACCGGCUCACCUACUGAAUCUGAUUGAGCAGUGUAACAAGGUCAUCCGUGCUACCGGUACUUCCAGUUUCGGGAACCAAGAUGCCGAGCCAAAAGGCCAGCGGCCCAUCUUGGUUCACUGCAGCGCAGGCUGUGGACGCACAGGGACCUUCUGCACAGUCGACAGCGUGCUCGAUAUGCUGAAGCGGCAGCGCAUGAACAACGCUAACGCAGAUUCCGAUAUCGGGGCUCUUCAAAACCCGAGUCUCGACCUGAUUGUCAAGACUGUGGAAGACUUCCGAACUCAGCGACCCAGCAUGGUUCAGAAUCUGAGUCAGUUUGUACUCUGUUAUGAGAGUGUGCUGGAGUGGCUCGUCUCCCGGAUGCAUGAUGAGGACGAUUACAUGUAA